AGCAGCUAGGGUUUUGAGAAGGAGGGAGAGAGUAGAGGAGCGGAGAGAUGGCGACAUUGCCGGGGCAGCUGAUCUGGGAGAUCGUGAAGAAGAACAACUCUUUCGUUGUGAGGCAGUUCGGGAGAGGAACUGCUGGCGUUCAGUUCAGCAAGGAGCCCAACAAUCUCUACAACCUCCACUCCUACAAGCACUCCGGUUUGGCAAACCAUAAGACUGUUACCAUUCAACCCGAGGGAAAGGAGCAUGCCGUGUUGCUCGCCACCUCCAAGACCAAGAAGCAGAACAAACCUGCACGAGUGCUUCACAAGUCUGUGAUGAAAAAGGAGUUCCCCAGGAUGGCCAAGGCCGUUGUCAACCAGGUGGGAGACAACUACUACCGUCCUGACCUUAAGAGUGCAGCCCUUGCAAGGUUGUCCGCUGUUCACAGGAGCCUCAAGGUUGCCAAGUCUGGAGUCAAGAAGAGGAACAGGCAAGCCCACAAGGCCCGUGGCAGGAAGUGAAAUUGAUAGGUUCUGUUAAACGAUUCCGGUCCCCCCUUUUUGUAUCUUUUGGUUAGCAUGUCUUGAUGGAUUCAAAUGGUACAAUCCUUUUUCCGUUGAAUGAACCAUGUUUGAGAGAAGAUGCUUCCAUAGCAUUGCUUUGUGAGAGAUAGUUUGGCUAUGAAUGAUUUAAUCCUCUUCUGCCCUUUUAUGAGUUUAAAUACUACUUUCAGUUCCUUCUA